AUGGAACUCAUAGAUCUAUCGAUUUUGAGCAAUAAAUUCACAUGGUGCUUAUCAAGUGGAAGUUGUAGAAGUCGCCUUGAUAGAUUUCUAAUUUUGCAACGGCUUAUCAAUUUGUGGAACAUCAAAGCUCAGUAUGUUGGUGACAAAGACAUAUCAGAUCAUAGACCCAUCUGGAUCAAAGCUAAUAUAACCAAUUGGGGCCCAAAACUUUUCAAGGUUUUCGAUUGUUGGUACAAACAUCCAGGUUUUGUUGAGUUUGUUAAGAAUGAAUGGAAUUAUAUAGUCAUUGAAGGGGACGUUGCGCAUGUGCUUAAGGAGAAGCUCAAACAUCUUAGGAAUGGUUUGUGA